UAACCACAGCAAUGGACGAUUACACGAAAAUAGAGAAGAUUGGGGAAGGUACCUAUGGUGUUGUGUAUAAAGGUCGUCACAAAACCACAGGCCAGGUGGUGGCAAUGAAGAAAAUACGCCUAGAAAGUGAGGAGGAAGGUGUUCCAAGCACUGCUAUCCGAGAAAUUUCUUUAUUAAAAGAGCUGAAUCACCCCAAUAUAGUCUGUCUUCAGGAUGUUCUCAUGCAGGAUUCAAGACUGUACCUUGUCUUUGAAUUCCUUUCCAUGGAUCUCAAGAAAUAUUUGGAUAGUAUUCCAUCUGGCCAGUAUCUGGAGCGUUCACGUGUCAAGAGUUACCUGUACCAAAUUUUGCAAGGCAUUGUCUUCUGCCACUCAAGAAGAGUUCUGCACAGAGACUUGAAACCUCAGAACCUUCUGAUAGAUGACAAGGGAGUGAUUAAACUGGCAGACUUUGGAUUGGCCCGAGCCUUUGGAAUCCCAGUGCGGGUCUACACACAUGAAGUAGUGACACUGUGGUACAGGUCUCCAGAAGUGCUGCUGGGUUCUGCUCGUUACUCUACUCCUGUAGAUAUCUGGAGCAUAGGAACCAUAUUUGCUGAGCUGGCAACUAAAAAGCCACUUUUCCAUGGGGAUUCAGAGAUUGACCAGAUCUUCAGAAUCUUCAGAGCUUUAGGGACCCCCAACAACGAGGUGUGGCCUGAGGUGGAAUCCCUGCAAGACUAUAAAAACACAUUCCCAAAAUGGAAACCUGUCAGCCUUGAAACACAUGUCAAAAACUUGGAUAAAGAUGGACUUGAUCUGCUGGCUAAAAUGUUAAUUUAUGAUCCUGCAAAAAGGAUUUCUGGCAAAAUGGCCCUGAACCAUCCAUAUUUUGAUGAUUUGGACAAAUCCACUCUUCCUGCUAAUCUGAUUAAGAAAUAGACCUUCAGACUAAAUCAUCCAGAGUGAAAUAACUGUGAUUACUUUUACUCUUCAGUCUGUCAUUUGUAUGUCUGUCUUUCUGCUCUUAAGAUUGGCUGUAUUCCGUUUGUUUUGGUUUAAGUGUUACCUAAAUGUAAAUAUUAACCUGUUAGUGCUGAGUUCAAAUCCAAUGCAAAUAUUGCUGCAAUUAAUGCAGACACCUUUCUAUAAAUAAAGCUUUAACCCCAGUGAAGGACUGAACUUAUUUCCAGGCCACAGCUGCUCUACAGAAGGACACUUGUUUUCUUUGGAAUGCACUGGAAAGAUACCACUUGGCUAAAAAAGGUGCUAACACAAACUUGUAAAUGGUUGUUCCUGAUAUGAUAGGAAAUUCUCGAGUUUGAGUUGUCUCAGUGUUGUGUCAGUUACAGUUUUACUUGAGCAUAGCAACUGAUGUGCCAAAGGACACUGAGAUAUGCUGAAAAACAGCAACUUAAAAAGUGUGGAUGGCCAAACUGAUUUUGAGUUUUUCAAGGCAGCUGCAAAUCAUUAUUUGAGAUAAUUCCCUUACUCUAUGUUUUUGUUAUUGUUUUGGAAGCCCAAGAAUUUACCAAGAUGUUGGCUGUU